CGCCUUCUAUCUCUGCACUUAUUCCUUCACCUUUUAGUUUGGGAGACUUCAAGAGAGAGUCGCACAGUCUCUUUCGCCUUUUUUAUCCACUCUCUCUCACUACACGCCAAGUCUAAGACCACCUUCUCUUUCUCUCUCUGUCUCUAUGGCUUCCUCUCUCACUGCCCAAAUAUCAUGUGGCACUCAGCCCUCUGCCCCUUCUUUCUCCGGCCUCCGCCGCACUUGUCCCAAGCUCGACGCCGCCAUCUCCUUCUCCCACCAGUCGUUCUGCAACCGCGUUAACUCCUCAAUCCGUCUCGUUUCCUCCUCGAACCGGUCGCCAAGAGGCGUCGUCGCCAUGGCCGGAUCCGGCAAGUUUUUCGUUGGAGGAAACUGGAAGUGUAACGGGACUAAAGACUCCAUCGCCAAGCUUGUCUCCGACCUCAACAGUGCAUCCUUGGAAGCUGAUGUAGAUGUUGUUGUGUCGCCUCCCUUUGUGUACAUCGACCAAGUCAAAUCCUCCUUGACAGACCUUAUUGAGAUAUCCGGUCAGAACUCUUGGGUUGGGAAAGGUGGUGCCUUCACCGGUGAAAUCAGCGUGGAACAGCUCAAAGACAUUGGAUGCAAGUGGGUCAUUCUUGGGCAUUCCGAAAGGAGACAUGUCAUCGGUGAAAAAGAUGAGUUUAUUGGGAAGAAAGCUGCGUAUGCGUUGAGUGAGGGUCUGGGAGUAAUAGCUUGUAUCGGGGAGAAGCUAGAAGAGAGGGAAGCAGGCAAGACUUUUGAUGUCUGCUUCGAGCAAUUGAAGGCCUUUGCUGAUGCUGUGCCUAGCUGGGAGAAGGUAGUGGUUGCAUACGAGCCAGUAUGGGCAAUUGGAACUGGUAAAGUUGCGUCUCCUCAGCAAGCACAGGAAGUCCAUGUAGCUGUCCGCGAUUGGCUCAAGAAGAAUGUCUCUGAGGAAGUUGCUUCCAAAACGAGAAUCAUAUACGGAGGUUCUGUCAAUGGAGGCAACUGUGCAGAGCUUGCUAAAGAAGAAGACAUUGAUGGAUUUCUCGUCGGUGGUGCCUCCUUGAAGGGCCUGAGUUUGCGACCAUUGUGAACUCUGUCACGUCCAAGAAAGUUACCGCUUGAUUUGGGAACUAUCAGUCACGGAUUUGAACAAGAUGAGAUGAGAAAUAAAAGGGAGGUUUGGCGAGCUUCUUGUUGUUUUGGUUGUCUUCUUCUUUGUUCUUGAACUCUAAUAAAUCGAAAACAAAAGUUGUUUCAUGAGGUAUGGUUUUUGAAGAGAGUUUGUCUCUGCAGCAGUGAGAAAAAGGGUCUUUGAUUAAAGAUCUUUCUCUUGUAACUUCAUAUUAAAGUUAUCACACUGUUUACUUGCAGUAAAGCUUAAUUAUCGAGUCUCUCUA